AUGACAAAAAUCAAGGUGAAAACUCCGCUUGUGGAGAUGGACGGAGAUGAACAAACCCGGAUCAUUUGGCAACUGAUUCGCGAAAAACUGAUUAUUCCAUUCUUGGAUGUCGAUUUACUGUACUACGAUCUUUCAAUUGAAAACCGGGACGCUACAGAUGACAAAGUCACAACAGAUUCGGCACUUGCCACCCAGAAAUACGGCGUGGCGGUCAAGUGCGCUACCAUCACGCCUGAUGAAGCUCGUGUGGAAGAAUUUAAGCUCAAAAAAAUGUGGAAAUCGCCCAACGGCACAAUCCGAAAUAUCUUAGGAGGAACCGUGUUUAGAGAACCGAUAGUAAUCCCUAAAAUACCAAGGCUUGUGUCCAAAUGGUCAAAACCAAUAGUGAUAGGUAGGCACGCUUUUGGGGACCAGUAUAAAGCCACUGAUGUCGUGAUUCCCGGUGAGGGUGAGCUGAAAUUGGUUUUCAAGUCCAAAAACGGUGACCACGAUUUGGAUUUCAACGUUUUCAACUUCCCUACGACGGGCGGAGUAGCAAUGGCAAUGUACAAUACCACAGAAUCCAUUGAAGGCUUUGCGCGGGCCAGUUUUGAGCUGGCUUUGCAACGCAAAAUGCCGCUCUAUUCUACUACCAAAAACACGAUUCUAAAGAGCUACGAUGGUAGGUUCAAGGACAUUUUCGAAGGUAUGUACGCCAGGGAUUACGAAUCGAAAUUUACGGAGCUAGGAAUAUGGUAUGAACACCGGCUUAUUGAUGAUAUGGUAGCACAAAUGCUCAAAUCAUCAGGCGGAUUUAUUAUCGCUAUGAAAAACUACGAUGGGGACGUGCAAUCAGAUAUUGUCGCACAGGGAUUCGGUUCUUUAGGUUUGAUGACCUCUGUGCUUGUGACACCUGAUGGUAAGACAUUCGAAAGCGAAGCUGCACACGGCACGGUCACAAGGCAUUAUCGGUUAUACCAGCAAGGUAAAGAAACCUCAACGAACUCGAUAGCUUCAAUUUUCGCGUGGACCAGAGGUCUUAUCCAGAGGGGAAAGCUAGAUGCAACUCCUGACGUUAUCAAGUUUGCAGAAACGUUAGAGAAAGCUACAAUAGACACUGUGCAGGAAGACAACAUCAUGACCAAGGAUUUGGCAUUGAUGGUUGGAAAAACUGACCGCUCGAGCUACGUCACGACUGAAGAGUUUAUUGACGCAGUCGAGCGGCGCCUUAGUGGUGGCUUUCUUGCGCCCUCAUAA